GAUGGGUAUAUCCUUAGCAUUAACAGAAUUCCCCAUGGGAAGAAAAACCAUGGGAGUAAUAAGGGUCCCAAGCCUGUUGUUUUUCUGCAACAUGGUUUACUUGCAGAUGCUAGUAACUGGAUCACCAAUUUGGAAUACAACAGCCUAGGCUUUAUGCUGGCAGAUGCUGGAUAUGAUGUUUGGAUGGGAAACAGCAGGGGGAAUACUUGGUGCAGAAAGCAUAAACGCUUUACAGAAAAGCAAGAGGAAUUCUGGAUUUUCAGUUUUGAUGAAAUGGCUAAAUAUGACCUUCCUGCCACUAUAAACUUCAUUGUGAAUAAAACUGGCCAGGAGAAAAUCUGUUACGUUGGCCAUUCACAGGGUACUACUAUAGGUUUCAUUGCAUUUUCAACUAUGCCAGAGCUGGCUAAAAAAAUAAAAAUGUUUUUUGCAUUGGCACCUGUAGCUACAAUCAAGUUCUCCACUAGCCCGCUGACAAAACUUGGAGUGCUUCCAGAACUGUUGCUUAAAGACAUGUUUGGAAAGAAGCAAUUCCUUCCUCAGAAUUCAUUGCUGAAGUGGCUUGCCAUGCAUGUUUGUACCCACAGAUUACUCGAUGACCUUUGUGGCAAUUUCUUCUUUCUUAUAUGUGGCUUUGAUGAGAAAAACUUAAACAUGAGCCGAGUAGACGUGUAUUCAACACACUGCCCUGCUGGGACAUCUGUACAAAAUAUGCUCCACUGGAGUCAGGCUGUUAAAUCUGGGGAACUCAAAGCUUUUGACUGGGGAAACAAGGCUGCAAAUAUUUUUCACUAUAACCAGUCUACCCCUCCAUUCUACAAAGUAAAAGAUAUGACCGUGCCAACUGCACUUUGGACUGGAGGACAGGACUGGCUUGCAGACGUGAAUGAUAUUGCCAUGCUGCUCACUCAAGUCACUAAUCUAGUUUACCACAAACACAUUCCUGAAUGGGAACAUCUGGAUUUCAUCUGGGGUCUCGACGCACCUUAUCGCAUGUAUAAAGAAAUCAUAAACGAGAUGAGCACAUACUUGUAAAACUGCCUGAUGUGUGGGUUAAAAGUUUACUAAUUGCCUAUUUCAGAAUGUGUAGUGUUGUCAUGGCACUAGUAAUAUAUCCUUAUUUAUAAUGUCUUUAAAAUGCCAAUAAUGACUACUGGUUUGGAUUACUAUCUACUGUUGAUGUAAACAGUGUUAUUUCUUUUAUCUGUAUAGUUCCUUUCUUAUUUUACUGGUAAUACUAUCAGAAAACAGUGUGCCUUUGUUCAGAGGAUAAAUUUUAAAUCCAUGUAGGUUUAAUAAGAUGUUUAAAAGACAAAUUAUCCCACUUUGCAUGUCAGCAGCCUGAAAGUAAAAAAGAUGAGCAUGUGCCCUGGAAUAAAAUAUUGGCAUGGAUUUGAAGUUUCUACUACAGUAAAACCUGUGUUAUCCAGCAUGCUCGGGGAUUAGGGCAUUCCGGUUAUCUAAAAAUUCCGGUUAUCUGAGGAUCCCAUCAACCCUGGAAAAACCAAUGGACAAUAAUAGUAAAACUCAAGUUUUUAAUAUUGGUAGUUUUAUACUGUGAGGCAGUUGGUCUCACAUUUCCAUUUUGAGUUAAAGAUGAUUAGUACUUCUUAAAUAAAAAAUUGUUAAGCCAAUCAUGAUAAACCAAGCCAGGCCUGUGCGCCUGAAGAUGUGACAGUAUUGUGGCUGGGGGCAGUGCUGGUUAACAAAGUUUUCUGGUUAACAGAGUGCCGGAUAACAAAGGUUUCACUGUAUAUUUGAUUUCAGAGUUACAAACACCUUGGGAUUGGAGAUUGUUCGUAAUUGAAACAUAUUCAACGCUGCACAAAAUGUUAUGGUUGUUCUUUCAAAACUUUACAACUGAAAAUUGACUUAAUACAGCUUUGAAACUUUACAAUAUGCAGAAGAAAAAUCCUGCUUUCCUUUUUUAUAGUUGUUUAACACAAUUCAUAUUUGCUUUUUUGGGGGUGGGGGUGGGGGUGGGGAGGGAUGAAUAGGGUUGUUUUUGCUGCUGCCUGAUUGUGUACUUCCAUUUCCAAAUAAGGUGUGUGCUUGAUUUAUCAGCUCUUAAACUCUGAUAUUUGUAACUCUGAGGCUCUACUGCAGACAUUUCUAAACCUUUUAUUGGUGCUUUUGCUAAUACAGUGACAUUCUAACUCUAGCAGCACAGAAACCAAAGAUGCCUUGCCAUUUUCUCUUGUGCUUUAAUUUUAAGUUAGCCAUAUUUUAAGAAUUAACAUGUCAGUUUAAUUUCUGCCUAAUGUUCUCUAAGGGUGUGUCUAGACUACUGAGUUUUGUGGACAAAAGUGGACUUUUGUUGACAAAACUAUACCUGCGUCUACACUACCGCUGAGUUCUGUCGACAUAACGUCGACAGAGCUCAGCAGUUUUGUCGACGCUGGUAAACCUCAUUUUAUGAGGCAUAACACCUUCUGUCGACAGAGUUCUGUUGACAGAAGGUGUUAUUGCCUGUAGGGUUGCGUCUAGACUACAGGGUUCUGUCGACAAAGCAGCUUGCUUUGUCGACAGAACUGAAUGUGUCUAGACGCUCUAUGUCGACAGAUACUGUCGACAAAACUUCUGUCGACAAAACCCUGUAGUCUAAACGUACUCUAAGAAGAAGCAAGCCAACACUGCAUGCUUUCAGUGCCAUUUGGAGUCAUAUCUAUUCUGGGUUUGAUUCACUACUGCAUUGUAUUGGAGUUCACUUGAGUUACACAAAGGUAAAACUAGAGUAAGGCCUUGUAUGCCAAAAAUCAAAGUACUGAUGAGAAUUAUUACUUAUUGUUUGAUCUUAAAGAUUGCUGGGAGAAGCAAAUGGAAUAAAAGAAAACACUGCUUUCUGUAACGGUUACUUGUUUUAAGCUGCAAUGAAAAAGGUGGAAGUAUGUAAUGGUAAUGACUAGAAAACAAGGCUCAAAUGUUUAGUACGGGCAGAGGAGGGGCCAAGGUAACAGUUUUGUAGUUCAAGUGCACUUCCAUUUUCAUUCAGACUCGAGCUGUAAUUGGCAGCUGCAGUGAAGGUCUAGGAGACUGUAGGGUUUCUGUGGCAGAGCAGGAAUUUAGCUGAAGUUCUCCAGAGUCCCAAUCUAUAAGCCUAGCCAUGAAGCCAUCCCUUCUCCUUUUGGCUUCUGCCUCUGUAUGGUACAGAAAAUAUUAGCAGUUAAGCUCUUGAGAGAGAAUUCUUUUGUAAAUAAGCUAGAAAAAAAGCAAUACUUUCGGGAGGUUUUACUCCUUAUCGAGGCUCAGGGAGUUUCUUGCAUUUAUAAGUUCUGGUACUUUCAUUUUUAAAAAAUUGCUCUUCAUUAAUAUCCUGAUUGUAGCUCCUUAUGGGGCCCUGUGCUGUGUAUUGCUGGUUUUGGCAUUUGCUUUAAAUUACUUAAAAAGGAAAUCUCUGAAAGUGUCUGAAGUGGCCUGGAUAGAAUAGUCACAGUUUUUCAAUAAAUCAAAAUGAUCAACCAUAACUUGAAA